GAAACCAGUCUACUGCUUUGUUCAUCUGAGCAUUCAGGAGUUUCUGGCUGCAGUCUACAUGUUCCACUGUUUCACCAACAGGAAGUCAGAGGUGCUGAGGGACUUCCUGGGAAAAAAAUACAACGAGUCAUCUCUGGAUCAUUUUUUGAUGGAAACACUAAUAAAAUCCUUCAGGAGUAAAAAUGGCCACCUGGACCUGUUUGUCCGCUUCCUUCAUGGCCUCUGUCUGGAGUCCAACCAGAGACUCUUAGGAGGUCUGCUGGGUCAGACAGAGAACAGUCCAGAAACCAUCCAGAGAGUCAUCAACAAUUUGAAGAAUAAAAAGAAGUUUAAAAUCUCUCCUGACAGAAGCAUCAACAUCUUCCACUGUCUGAUGGAGAUUAAUGACCUCUCAGUACAUCAGGAGAUCCAAGAGUUCCUGAAGUCAGAGAACAGAUCAAAGAAGCAACUUACUAUGAUCCAGUGCUCAGCUCUGGCCUUCAUGCUGCAGAUGUCAGAGGAGGUUCUGGAUGAGCUGGACUUGGAGAAGUACAACACAACAGACCAAGGACGACAGAGACUGAUUCCAGCUGUGAGGAACUGCAGGAAGGCUCGAUUGGGACGCCGUGGUUUGUCAGAUACUGGCCUUGAUUAUCUGGCAGCAGCACUGAAGUCCAACCCCUCGUAUCCCACAGAGGUGGACCUGAGUGGAACCUACAGCAACCUGAAGGGUUCAGGAGUGAAGCAGCUGUUUGAUUUCCUGGAGAAUCCACGAUGUAAACUUGAAACUCUGAGAUUGGAGCGCUGUGAUUUGUCAGAGAUCAGCUGUGAUUAUCUGGAAGCAGUGCUGAAGCUCAACCCUUCGUAUCCCAGAGAGGUGGACCUGAGUAACCACAAGCUGCAGGAUUCAGGAGUGAAGCAGCUGUGUCUUCUUCUGGAGAAUCCACAACAUCAAAUUGAAACUCUGAGAUUGAAGCGCUGUGAUUUGUCAGAGAUCAGCUGUGAUUAUCUGGCAGCAGCGCUGAAGUCCAACCCCUCCCAUCUGAGAGAGCUGGACCUGAGUAGUGACUCAGGUUAUUCGACUAACAACAACAAGCUGAAGGAUUCAGGAGUGAAGCAUCUGUGUGGUUUCCUGGAGAGUCCAGGAUGUAAACUUGAAACUCUGAGAUUGAGGAGCUGUGGUUUGUCAAAGAUCAGCUGUGAUUAUCUGGCAGCAGCACUGAAGUCCAACCCCUCCCAUCUGAGAGAGCUGAUUCUUUGGGGAAACAAACUGAAGGAUCCAGAUGUGAAGCAGCUGUCUGAUCUUCAGCAGAGUCCAGACUACAGACUGGAGACUCUGGUGUGGAGGUGAUGAUGGUAACAGGACGGUGUGUGUGCUGAGAGAGGAGCAGCUGUGUCCUGAUGA